AAUAUAAUCCAGAAAGAAAACGAAUAACCUCCCGCCUAGAAACGCGUUACCCGCGAACGGUUAAACCGUCUAUCUACUUGUCGUCGCAUUCAUUUCGGAGCGUUACGGUUUAACGUGCAUUACGCACCGGAGCGGGCGCGAGUAGCGCGACUCGUAAGCUCGUAGCUCGCAGCGCGUUCGCGAAUCGCGAUGCACCGCGCUUCACGUUCCGUCUGCAUCUCUCCCUUUCGAAAGAAAGAGAAAUCUUCGUCUUCCCGUUCGCGUUCAUCGCGUUCAUCGCGUAUCGUAACGAGCAAUCGCGUUACGAGCAACAUCCUCUCUCAACGAACGCGUCGUUUUACUCGUUUCUUUGAUUAUUUGGAAAAGCCUUCGUCGUCUACCGUGGUGUUGCGUCAUCGAUAGUGUUCCCAGUGCGUUCGUUGGGACGCGUCGCGAAGGUUACUCGACGAAUUUACCUCGUCGACGAUUGAAUCAAUCGUCGACGAUUCGGUCGGCUCGGAGACAACUUUUUUACGCGCGUGCUUGUCAUACUCGCGUAACAUCUCUUGCGUACUUGUUCGCGAACCGUGAUUCCAAGGAACGUAAAUCUGCCGACGACGGCGUGUACUCGUCAGGUAAAAACUACGAACCCGAUCGUUGGCUUGUUUACGCGAACCGUCUCACGUGACUCGUUCGGUCACAUUUUUUUUUUUUUUUACCAAUCGCGAGACUUGUACUUUUCCAAGCGUGCGAUCGAAGAGUUUGAAAUGAAACGUUUCGAAUGUGAAAAAAAAAAAAGUGACGAGUUAAAUGCUGCCAUCGCGAGGAGGUUUUACGAGCUAUUAUCGGAGCGAUUACAUUUUCACGCGAAGCAGACGCGUCUUAUUUUUGUCGCGGUACGGCACGGUGCACCGUUUGCGUUUGCCCCGUGCCCGAUUGUGCAAUAUGUGUCUACGCGAUAUAAUACGGAUAUAAUUGUUCGGCGCCGUUGUAUAAUGUGGUUUCCAGCGUGAAUCCAGUCACGGCUGGAACGUUGUCGCACAAACACAACGGAUCACGGACUGUCGUUCUUUCCCCGUUCUCGGAUUCCUUGUUACGAUUAAAAACCUCGGCCGUGGUUUCCAGCUGCUGUCAACUACGUGUUCACCGAACGGUGCAGCGUGUUUCGAUGUUUUCGAGUAGUCGGUGGACGGAUUGAUUCCGUUUGUAAUUCGCGACGACUCUUGACGUGCUCGGGCGUCACCGUUCCGCGCGUCACGCGAGUUUACACGCCUAAUUCGCGGAGCGACGACAGCAAACAUCGGCGUCGGAUAGCGGUGUGUAUUUGGUACAGUCGUUAUCAACUCGUCGCGAAAACGACUGUUCGCGUUGAAUCGAAGCAAUUAACGCGAUCGAGUAGCGGAACUCUGAACUCGUACGCGGUGCCUCGAUUCUCGAAUGGCGACCACCUGUUCGCUCCUUCUUCCCAGCUAGAACGGAAAAACAAAGUGUCAGUUUUCAGUGACGAUACCACGACGUACGCGAUCGAUUCUUUCUCGAUAUACGAACGUAAAAUGGGUAUAGGUAUAGGUAUAGGUAUAGGCGUGGUCGUCGCGUUCGAUUCGAUCGGUUUAUCGCACUGGUUUGAAAGAUUUGCGCGUAAUGCACCGUAUAAAGCAGAGAAACGAUAACAAGUAAAAUCGUGGUUCGCUAGAUGUAACCUUCUCGAACGUGGAAUCGUUCCGUGAUCUAGUCAACUAUCGGUAACGCGGUUUGGAGUAAAGUAGAGAGCCGAGGGGAGCCGAGUGGAGCAGAGGGGCGACGAGAUAAACGACGACCGAAGGUGAAAAAACGAUAAAUCGCGAAAUUAGGACAGAAAAGUUCAACGAUAGCCACCGGUGGAUCGUUUACGUAACAGUGCUCCGAGUGACCGAGGUGUGCGACCGUUCUCGAAACGCUUGCGCUCGUUCCAUCCUUAUCCGCUAGCCGUACGGAUAGCGGGUGUCAUGUCGGUUGAACGGUUCCCCGAUCGAAGCGAAUUUUCACGCUAAACGCGUACUCGUCCACGUUUACGCCGGACCUUGGAAUUCGAAAUGAUUCUUAUCGUUUGCUGCAAAUUGCAAAUUGGAACCGAUAGUUACAAAGAGGCGAGUUCCGAUGGUUGUUUUAGCGCAACAGCGAUAAUCAUGUCGUGAUAACGAUAAUAAAAUAACCGUUUAGCGUUUACGCGUUACGUCACGUAUCGCGACGGUAAACGUUUCUCGGCGUUCGACGAACCAUGCCGAGUAUCGCGAGUUUACAUGAAAACGAUACUUUCGAUGUCUCGUCCAAGUAGACGAGGACUCGAUCGGUCAUAGCUUACGAGAGAAAAAUGGAAGAAGCGAGACACGCGUGGUCUUCCUUCAAGUCGGUCGGAAAAUUAUCGUCGUCGAGAGGUAACGGCGACACCGACAAUUCCACCACGAUCUGGUACGACGUUCCCGUUCCCGUGAUAAUACAUUGCCACGAGUUUCCCGAUGCAAACGAGGCAAACAAGCCCGAGGUAACCGCCGCGACCAACGAUGCGAACGCUUUCGGUGCCGUCGACCAAGACCGGCGGAUGAUGCUCGCGGACAGUCCCGAAACAGAGCGCGAUAAAGAGACAAAGUUCGAUCUUUACGCGAACGAAAGCCUGCCGUUGGACACCGAACGCAGCAGGCAAGAAAAACGGCACAGAAACACCGUGGAACUGACCGCGAUCACGUCGGUGAAAACCGAUCAAGACGGCGUACCGAGCAUCAGCUUCAGUUUCGUGCACGCCGACGAGAAAUUGCCUCGUACGUCCGAGAUCGAUGGAACGUCGAGCGAAGGUCGCGACACGUCUACGUCGUCGCGAAAUCAGCUGUACGACUUUCCUAAGAGCUCGUACAUUCGGGACGAAAACGAGACCGAGAAAGUGAUCGAAAGUCGGGACGAAACGGAUGCCGACGGUAACGAAAUUCAACGCGCGAGCCAGGAAGAAGUCGAUGCGGGAUCUAUCGACGUCCCGAGGAAAAUGCACGGAGACUCGAAAGAGCCACGCGACGCGCUCGAACGGGAGAAAUUGAUCGCGCGGGAAAAGGCGAACGAUCGAACGAUCGCCAAAACCGAUUCACCAGCGAAAAGACUGGAUCGGCGUGCGAUACGAUCGGCAAGGUCGUUGAGAUCCGAGCGGAAAUGUUACGGAAUGUCGGAGGCCGAAUACGACGGCGACGCGGGAAUCGCUUCGAUGUCUGGAUCGUAUUCGGAUCCCGAGUGCUCGAACGAACCUCCCUCGAACGUGUCUCGUCGAAACAGACAUUCCAAGUUGCAGAAACAUCGACUGGGAAAAGCAUGGGAUAAAAUGACGAGUUGGAUACGCGACGAAACCUCCAAGAUCAACGAGAUCGUGAUCAAACACGCGAGAUUGCAAGCCGUUGGUGCCCUCGCUGAAGAUGCUCGAGUCCCGAGAGUUUCCAAGAGCAAAAGCACAGCGUCCUACGAUCUGACCAAAGCGAGGACGCAGGAGCUUGGAUCGAUCACAAGGGUCGAAGAGUUCGGGUUGGCCGCUGUCUCGGAGGAAAACGUUACCUCUUCUCCCGAAAGUGCUGCCGUUUCGAUGAAAAAUAUCGCUGACGACGCCGACCCAAAUAACGAUUCGAGAAAAUUGAGAAGGAAAGUUGGCAGUUCCGAUAACGUUUUUAACGUCGACGCUAAAAAACAUUUCGCUCCGGUCUCAUUCAGCAUGGACAAGCUGUGCUUCGAUACGGAAAACGAGGAGAUGGACGGUGACGGAGACGGAGACGGAGACGGAGAUGCAGCCAGGGAUCAUGUUCGAAAAGCUGGCCCAAUUAAGAAAAGAAUGCUGGGGUCAAUCAGAGGGUUAAUGGCCUCCACUCAUCUGCUGCACGUUCACGAGACCGAAGAGGGUGGACAAGGCGGAUUCGAAGAUGUCCGAAGGUUCGUGAAACAGGGCGGUGAUUUCUGCAAGGAGUUAGCGUCGAUUCUCCACGAAAGAGCGGAGCUGGAAGCAACGUAUGCCAAAGGACUCACGAAACUGAGCAACAAAUUGACGAAGGCGUGUACAAAGGACCAAGGUGGCAAUAGCGGCGGAGGUGUAAACGAGGCAUGGAGAUGCGUCGGCGAAGAAAUGGAGGCUGCCGCGGAAGCCCACAGACUAUGGGGCAUCACCCUCGACGAGCAGAUCGCCAAACCACUCCGAGUAGGAGUAGCGGAGGCUCAAGGACGCUCGCGGAAAUCCGUGGAGAAUUCCGUGGACAAAGCUGGAAAGUCUCUUCACGAGUGGCGCAACGUCGCGACGAAAAGUAAAAAGCAAAGUUUCGCUUGCGCUCGAGAAAAUGAGAGACUGCAAGAUCUAGCGAGGCUACAAUCGAUCAGCCAGAGCCAGCAGAGUAAUAACAAAUCGUCGAACCAUCAUAUGACGGAGAAGGAAGCUACCAAGCUCGAGGCGAGAAGGAGAAAGGCCGAAGACUCGUCUCGUAGGGCGGACACGGAGUUUUACACGGUGAGCGUGAGAGCCGAGAGAGCCAGGCUCGAAUAUGAAAGCACGGUGAAGAAGGGAGUCAAACAAAUGGAACUCCUCGAGGAAGAACGAUUAAGCGCCCUCAAGGAUCUCGCCAACGUUUACCUGGCGCACCUGCAAGCUCUCGCUCCCCGUCUGCAACAGAAUGCGGAUCGAUUGGCAGGCCCGGUACGCAGCUGCAACGUAUCGCAAGACGUUGAAAUUUUAAAGAAUCUCAUACGCAGAGUAGAAAGUAACGACGGUUGUAACUCGGAGCAGCUAUUGCCAGACUUUUACGCCGAGCACGUUACUCUCGCGAUGAACAGGGAACGUCGAAAACAAGCGUUGGUGAGAGUUCUUCACUUGAUCAGACAAGACUUGGAACGAGAAAGACGCGGACGGGAGGGUUUGGAAACGCUUCAUAGAGCUUUCAUCGCUACGCCGGCGUUCGCAGCGGACGAGAGUACGCAAAAUGUUACCGAAAAAUUGCACCACAUGCGCUCCAUGUUACUAUACCUACAGGCAGCGAGGUAUAAAGUUGGAGGGACAUUAGCGGAAGUGGAAGGCAGCAAACGAGGCAAGCAUCCCUUGUCGGAACAUAUUCUAGUGUCGAGAGACAAGCAGGGCUUGCAGCAAAGUGUUCUUAAGGUUCCUUCUUGGGCAAAGAACGAAUCGUUUGAGUUUCAGGACGACGAAGACGAGAUAGAGGUUCAUCUCGCAAAGGAUCACGAAACCGAGAGUCGUCAUUGGGCCGAUCGAACGGCCGGCGAUGGAAAUUCGGAGAAUCCACCCGACGAAGAUGACUUUAGCGAUUUCGACGAGUUCAGUAGCCAUUCCGAAGAUAAUAACAAUAGUCAAGACGUCGACGUUGUCGAGACAACGAGCAAAACCGACGGAACGGAACAGUGUAGGGCGAUCUAUCAGUACUCGGCGAAUCUAAACGACGAGCUUAGUCUAAGCCCUGGAGACUUGAUAACGGUGCAUCAGAAGCAACCGGACGGUUGGUGGAUAGGUGAGUGUAGAGGUCGAACUGGAAUAUUUCCAGCCACAUACGUACAAGUUAUUCAUUGAUUCGAUCGCAACAUUUCUUCCUUUAAGUUUCCGAAAUAUCAGCAUCGGUUCUUCUUCUUUUUCUUCCUGCAAACAAAGCAUUAUACGAAUUGCAAUUUAAACGUAACGAUCGAAUCGAUCGAGAAGCUACCAAAGCACACUGGGAUCGAAAGUCUAACACAUUUUUUUCGUAAACGUGUUAACUUUGACUGUUUAGAAUUAUACAUACUAUAUAUGUACGCGUGUUACUUUUUUUAUAUUUAAAUUUAAUUCACGGCUAAAACAAUCCGAUGUUAUCGCGUGUCAUACGAUCGGUAUCGUUUCUAAAAGACAACUAUUUAGUAAACAGAUAUUUA